UUUGACAAAAUAUUAAAUCUUUGCUUUUAUUUGAACGCUCUAGAAAAUAUUGUGCUAUUUGUGAACUAAUAUCCGGUACUAUGCCCGUUGUGAUCUUUUAAAUAUUUGAGUCCAUUAUUUCUUGCACGGUUGCAGGGAGAUCGAAUUUAACAUCAGUUUCUUUUACGAUGCACAAGGCUGAAUAAUUCUCGUAAUAAAAGUCUUCAACUAUUUUCUGUCGAAGAACCUAUCUCUCUUAUAGCUAUUUGUAAUUUUGCUUGACAAAACGGAUAAUUUCCUUUGAUUAGUGUGUGCAAAGACUAUCAACAAUUGCAUUCCAGUCGGAAUCAAUUUUUCACAAGCUCGCAGUUUUAAUUAACAGCGCUUUAGUUAAUAUUCUUAACAAUGAAUCCAAUACAAUCUACAACUUUUUCGAACAAUGAGAAGUCAAGAUUGACACCGAAUGAAGAUCAUCAUUCUUAUUCAGUUUUACGUUCAAGAACUGAGAAAGAGAAGGAGAUACAGAGACAAGAGUGGCAGCGCCAGCAAGAGCUUGAGAGACAGCAUGAAAAGUUGAAACAGCAAAAGAUUUUAGAGUAUGAAAGUAAACGUGCACAAUUAUAUAAAUAUGCAGAGGACAAAUCCUCGCUUCAUAGUCUAAGCAAAAGCAAUAGAUCUGUAUCGCCUGCCUCCGAAUCUGAUAGUUUACAACGUUUACAUGAAAAAUUAGAUGGGCCUUCAAGUGGAACAAUACCUUUGUUUAGAGGUCCUCAGAAUGCACAGGUUAAUACUAUGGAAUUGCGUCGCAUUAAAGUUGAUAUUUACAGGAAUAUUCCUGUAACAGGACCUGUCACUGAAUUAUUAGAACGAAAUAUACUUAAUCCUGAAGAUGUGAUUAUCAAGAGAAGAGAGGGAGAAGGAUGCAAACCAAUUUUCGACAGAGAAGACAUAAAAAAAGCUACGAUCAAAUCUAACGAAGUAGAAGAACGACGUAGAGUCGUAGCCAUAGACAAAGAACAAUCAACCUCGACAAUCAAGUCACGUACAUCGAGAAGACGGUCUUUAUCCCAGAGUCCAAUUAGAACUCGUAUUUAUAGUUCUGAAUAUCCAUCUUCCUAUCAAUCUAGACAUCACAUAGAUUUGAAGCAUCAGGAUAACAAAACAGAAAGUUGUCAUAUUCGUAAAAAUGAGGGAAGAAGCCGUUUAGAGAAACACAGAGAAUAUGAAGAAAAAUAUAUAGAAGGAAAUGCAAGUAAACACGACACUAAUCGAUCGCGUUCUAGAGAACUGCAUAACUCAUACUCUAGGCCACUUCUGGAAGAGAAAUCUUAUCGCGACAGAUAUCGUGAAAGAUCAAGUGAACGUUGUUAUGAAAGGAGAGAGAGAGAUAGAUACAGGGACAGGUAUAGGGACGAAGACAGAGAUAGAGACAGGGAUAGAAAUAAGAAUAGAGAUAGAUCGAGGGAGCGAAGAGAUAUAGUGCCGCAUUGUAUUGAACCACCAAUACCUGUCCCUAUCUAUUGUGGCAGUUUCCCUCCGAGACCCGUAGUAAGCCCUAUGUUCCCAUUAGGUCUAAGAGGACAAAUUCCUCAUAUGGCAAGAGGCAGACACCCUGCUGUAAUGGUAUCAGCCAGACCAUUUUUACCACGAUUUCCUCCGGGUAUGUACAGAUUAGGACAUCCCCAAAUUCAAGUAAUGUAUCGAAUCAAUCAUAAUAAUCAUAAUAAUGUAUCGAAUCAACAAUAUGUAUCGAAUCAAAAUAAUGUAAUUCAGUCUAAUGUAAAUUCGCUAAAUUCAUCCAAAAAAUAUUGUACUAAUUUGUGUGAAAGCUGUGUACAAUUACAUUCCAGCAGGAAUCUAUUUUCCACUCGAUCGCAAAAGUUUAAUGCAGCGCGUCACUUAGUAUUCCCAACAAUGAAUUCAAUGCGAUCGACAACUUUUCGGGGCAAUGAGGAGUCGUCAAGAUCGACACGGAAUGAAGAUCAUAAUUCUUAUUCAGUUUUACGUUCAAGAACUGAGGAAGAGAAGCAGAGACGUAGACGAGAGUGGCAGCGCCAGCAAGAGCGUGAGAGACAGCAUGAAAAGUUGAAACAGCAAAAGAUUUUAGAGUAUGAAAGGAAACGUGCGCAAGCUUUAAAAUAUGGCGAGGACAAAUCCUCGCGUCAUAGUCGAAGCAAAAGCAGUAGUGGAUCUUCCUCGCAUCUUCAGUACAGAGGUAGAUCUGCAUCAACUGCCUCCAAAUCUGGUAGUCUACAUGAAAAAUUAGACGGGCCUUCAAGUGGAACAGUACCUUUGUUUAGAGGUCCUCAGAAUGCACAGGUUAAUACUAUGGAAUUGCGUCGCAUUAAAGUUGAUAUUUACAGGAAUAUUCCUGUAAAAGGACCUGUCACUGAAUUAUUAGAACGAGAUAUACUUAAUCCUGAAGAUGUGAUUGUCAAGAGAAGAGAGGGAGAAGGAUGUAAACCAAUAUUCGACAGAGAAGACAUAAAAAAAGCUACGAUCAAACCUAACGAAGUAGAAGAACGACGUACAGUUGUAGCUAUAGAUAAAGAACCAUCAGCCUCGACAAUCAAGUCACGUACAUCGAGAAGACGGUCUUUAUCCCAGAGUCCAAUUAGGACUCGUAUUUAUAGUUCUGAAUAUCCAUCUUCCUAUCAAUCUAGACAUCGCAUAGAUUUGAAGCAUCAGGAUAACAAGACAGACAGUUAUCAUAUUCGUAAAAAUGAGGGGAGAAGCAGUUUAGAGAAACACAGAGAAUAUAAAGAAAAAUAUGUAGAAGGAGAUGCAAGUAAACACGACACUAAUCGAUCGCGUUCUAGAGAAGUGCAUAACUCAUAUUCGAGGUCAUUUCUGGAAGAGAAGUCUUAUCGCGACAGAUAUCGUGAGAGAUCAAGUGAACGUUGUUAUGAAAGGAGAGAUAGAGAUAGGGACAGGGAGAGGAAUAGGGACAGAGAUAGAGAUAGAGACAGGGAAAGAGAUAGAGAUAGGGACAGAAAUAAAGAUAGAGAUAGAUCUAGGGAACGAAGAGAGAUAGCGCCGCAUUAUAUUGAGUCGCCAAUACCUGUGCCUAUCUAUUAUGGCAGUUUCCCUCCGAGACCAAUCGUAGUAAGUCCUAUGGUUCCAUUAGGUCCAAGAGGGCAAAUGCCUCCUAUGGCAAGAGGCAGACACCCUGCUUUAAUGGCACCAGUUAGACCAUUUCCACCACGAUUUCCUCCAGAUAUGUACAGAUUAGGACAUCCACCUCCAAAUCCAAGAUUCGGACCAUUUUAAAAUAGUGGGACACAUUUUUAUAAUGGUUAUCAGUUAUUUUGGGCUAAAGGCAUAUAUAUGUUUUACUUUAUAUUUGUAAGCGUAAGAAAGGGGGAAGAGAGAGAAGGAGGCAUGUCAUAACAUAUUUGUUAAUUAUUCUUUAUCAUCUUGGAUAUGCAUUCAAAGGUUUCCUGUAUUGCAGAAUGUAGUAUGUAUUACAAUUAAUUAUAAUAUUUGGAUGAAUUGAAUACAUUCUACAUACAUUGCUUCAUCUCUUUCGUAAGGUCGAAUCUUGUAUAAUUUUCACUUCUUCUGCUUAACACUCUGGACCAGAAUGAGCGGUUAAACAGAAAACUGGAAAUUGCGUAAAAUCGAAAUAUGACCUUGCGAAUGAGAUCAAUCGGCAUGUAAAGUCUGUGCAUGAAAUCUAUUUAUAUUAUUAAAAAAUAAUAUAUUUAAAGAGGUGUGUAUGCGGAUCUAUAUACAUGCAUAUA